AUGGCAGUAUCAGACAGCACCUCGACCAGUUCCUCCAGCGACAGCCUCUGGGUCGACCGAGGCAUCCUGGCGUCAACAGCAACUCGGCGGGAUCAAGGAUCUCAAUCCAGUACCUCCAGAAGCUCGUCCCAGAGAGGGGACGGCGAUGCUGGUCGCAAGCGGCGUGGUCGGAGGGACUCGUCUUCCCCUCGAACCUCCAAGAACUCGUCCCGCCAGACCUCUCGCUCUCAAGGGGACAAACCCAGCACAAUAACCACCACCUCGGCCACCCAUAAACCCUACAACCCCUUCGGCAGCCUCUACAAGCCCGUCACAAACCACCGGGCGUACCGCUUUGGCAGCCACACCGACCAGCGGCCAGAUCACCGACCCGCGCAGCGUCUCGCGCUACUAAAGCCCGCCGCCGAGGAAGAGUGCUGCGGCGACCCCGUCGUGGAGCGGUCCAUCGCGGAGCGGCGAAGGGUGUACCUGGGCAGCCUGGCAUACGGGACCGAGCCCACCGAGAUCGAGGCGUUUGUCCGCAAGUAUGGUGUCGCGGGGGGUUAUGUCAAGAUGCACAUCUCUAUCGACGAGUUCACGGGGUGGAACCCGGGCUACUGCUUCCUGGAGUUUGAGGAUGCGAGCGCCGCGGCUCGGACGCUGGACCUGCUCGACGGGAAGAUGCUGAAGGGCCGGCCGGUCAGGUGCUCCUCGUGCAACCCGAAAGGCGCCACCCUCGCUGGGCGCCGCAGAGGCGAGAGCGAGGCUGCUUUCCGUCGGUGGGGAGACUUUGUUGGCGGCGGUGCUGAUGGCGAUGGUCCUGCGGCUGCUGCUUCGGCUGAGUUACUGGGCGAGCUGAGGAGUGGCGACGAUGUGCCUCGAGGUCCGCAAGGUCCGGGCCAGACUCUGAAGUACUACCAGAGUCGCCACGAGGGUGUCAAGCGGCGCCUCUACGUUGGUGGUCUGCCCAGGAUGCACGACCAGGCCAUGGCGUACAACGAGAUGCUCAAGUUCUUUGAUGGGUAUCAAGUUGUGACAGCCAGCAAGCGCUUCUCGCCAGCCCCGGUCCAAGCAGGCAACGGCAGGCGCAACUGGCAAUUCGUCGACUUCGUCAGCAGCGAGGAGGCGGGUGCUGCCCUCGAGGCGAAGAGGUGUUCGAGAUGGCGGGGAGCAGUCGUCAAGCUGGCCUGGGCCAAGCUGAAGGACUGA